CCAUCCUCAACGCCACUCACCGCUCGCCAAUAUGCCCAAAGUCACCACCAAGUCUACCCGCGUGCCCGCAGCCAAGGCCGAGCGGCGUGGCAAACCCAAGACAAAGCGCGAGGCUGCUCGUGUCAAGGUCGAGCACCCUUCCACGGCAAUCGCGGUGGUCGCGGACAGCUCCUCGUCCAAGAGAGCCACGACAACCGCGGGCCCCUCGACGAAGCCUCCUAGAGUGAUCGCGCGCACAUUCAUCGACGAUAACAUCGUCUUGUUGCACUGCGAGUGCAACUACAACUCGGAGACCAUAUCUCUGCAUAAUCGCGACGGCCUCCCGCUUCCCCGCCCCAACGUCGUCGGCUUCGAGCUCAUCGACCGCCUGAUACGGUCCCCCGUGGGCUGGACUGGGUUUGGUACGCCAUACGUGUACCAAGCGUCCGUUAUGAAACGAGGCUCCUACAUGCUCAAGUACAAGGGCCGCGAAGUCUGGUCGUACGGUCAGGAUGACUUGGCUAAGAUGGAAAGGGAAAACGAGGAAGCUAACGAGACACCCUACGACAUGGACAAAUGGAACAGACUCAUGGCGUUUUACGCCGAGAAGGUGAAGGUAAUCAGAGAGCUGGAUGAAGACCGAGUCUUGGCUCGAUUUGGCAAUAACACGAUUGCAUACGACGAUCCUAACGAAGAAUUCUAUCCCGAGGAGUUCUUUGUUCGGAUGGAUUCCGAGUUGACGCACGAGUGGAGAGAGUACAAGCGGCGCACUGGAAAGGCCAUGCAGUAUGGCCCUAUGCCGGUAGUCAAGUCAUAGAUCUCCCCUUGCCCCCAUAUGUAUUUUAUGUCUCGAUUGAUCUGGGCCAGUACUCCUUAACUUUCUAUCUUUACUUGCUUUUGAUCUAUUCAUUGCUAUGCUACUGCAUGUACACUCUAUCCACCGUUACCGAAGACCCCA